GGGGGGGGAGGGAGGGUUACCUCCCUGUCUGCCCCAGAUCACGUUUGCCACCGGCAGCCAACCAGUCGUGCCCAAGUCCGCGGGCAAGAAGCGAUUGGGGGCGAGUGAGCUGGGCGCCCCAGUCUCCGUCCGGGUCCCCCCUCCCGCGCCGGCCCGGGGCGGUAUAUCCUGCUCUCCCCGAUACCCCCCUCGGGUGGAAGCGGAGCGGCGGCCUCGCUGAAACGCAGAAGCGAAAUGUAGCGCGCCGGGGGUCGCGGCUGGACGCUCGCCUUGGCUGGGGGUGUGGGGUGGGGGGAAAGCACGCGGGGGCCCGAGGAGGACUGCCGCGGAGGAGGAGUGAUGAGAAGAGGGGGUACCCUGCACCCCCCGAGACCACGGGCCCCUGCUGCCACUCGCCAGGCGCCCCCCUUCCUCCCGAGCGAGGGGCAGGUUCUCUAUACAGAUUCUUGUGACUUUAAUGACCAGGCAACUGGGAAGGUACAAGGUCUUUCCAGGAAGGGAGGAAAUCUCUGGAAGAGAGAGGAAGGACAGAAGACACUGCUUUGGGACAAGCCGAGCCUGGGGUGCUGUGGAAAGCUGAAGGAGACCAGCAAGAACAGCAGGAAGAAACCCCAGCCCUUGGUGGAGGUUGUGUUCUUGACCAUCUGAGCUCACUCCACUUCUGACAAGAGGGACGACCUUGGGGGGCACUAGAGACUUGGGUUGGUUGGGCUCUUUUCCUCUGGAUGCCCUCCACUCCACUCCGAGGACCCUACACUGAGAACCAAAGAUUUCCCCCAGGCACAGCACUGGCCAGCCGGAGGAGGGCAUCUGCACCCCUAGUGGCCGGCCACUGGUCUGGUGAGGAUUUGCUUGUUUCCCUCCAGCCCACGGCUGCAGUGCUUGAUGGGGCUGCCUGUUGGCGGAUCAGUUUUUGCUGUGCCCGGUAGGAGCCGAGCCGUGGGAAGAGGUCCUGCGGCAUCCAAGCUUGGGUUUGCCCCAAGACUAAGUUCUUUCUCAAGCUAGAAAGGGAGAGAGAAAGCAAAGAAAAAGAAAGUUCUCCCCCUCCCCUCCUCCCUGCCCGUCAUGUCCUCUAAGCCGGAGCCGAAGGACGUCCACCAGCUGAACGGGACUGGCCCAACUCCCUCUCCCAGCUCUUCAGAUGGCCCCGGGCGAGAGCCCUUGGCUGGGACCUCAGAAUUCCUGGGGCCUGAUGGGGCUGGGGUGGAGGUGGUGGUGAUUGAGUCUCGGGCCAACGCCAAGGGGGUUCGGGAGGAGGACGCCCUGCUGGAGAAUGGAAGCCAGAGCAACGAAAGUGACGACGUCAGCACAGACCGCAGUCCUGCACCACCCUCCCCGCUCAAGGAGACCUCCUUCUCCAUCGGCCUGCAAGUGCUCUUCCCCUUCCUCCUGGCAGGCUUCGGAACGGUGGCUGCUGGCAUGGUGUUGGACAUUGUGCAGCACUGGGAGGUCUUCCAAAAGGUGACGGAGGUCUUCAUCCUGGUGCCUGCACUGCUGGGACUCAAGGGGAACCUGGAGAUGACCCUGGCCUCAAGGCUGUCCACUGCAGCCAACAUCGGACAAAUGGACACACCCAAGGAGCUCUGGCGGAUGAUCACCGGGAAUAUGGCCCUCAUCCAGGUGCAGGCCACAGUGGUGGGCUUCCUGGCAUCCAUCGCAGCUGUCGUCUUCGGCUGGAUCCCUGAUGGCCACUUUAGUAUCCCGCACGCCUUCCUGCUGUGUGCCAGCAGUGUGGCCACAGCCUUCAUUGCCUCCCUGGUGCUGGGUAUGAUCAUGAUUGGAGUCAUCAUUGGCUCUCGAAAGAUCGGAAUCAACCCAGACAAUGUGGCCACACCCAUUGCUGCCAGCCUGGGUGACCUCAUCACCUUGGCACUGCUCUCAGGCAUCAGCUGGGGACUCUACCUAGAACUGAAACACUGGCGAUACAUCUAUCCCCUAGUGUGUGCCUUCUUCGUGGCCUUGCUGCCUGUCUGGGUGGUGCUGGCCCGACGGAGCCCAGCCACAAGGGAGGUGUUAUAUUCAGGCUGGGAACCUGUCAUCAUUGCCAUGGCCAUCAGCAGUGUGGGAGGCCUCAUCUUGGACAAGACUGUCUCAGACCCCAAUUUUGCAGGGAUGGCUGUCUUCACGCCUGUGAUUAAUGGUGUUGGGGGCAAUUUGGUGGCUGUGCAGGCCAGCCGCAUCUCUACCUUCCUCCACAUGAACGGCAUGCCAGGGGAGAACUCUGAGCAAGUUCCUCGCCGCUGCCCCAGCCCGUGUACCACCUUCUUCAGUCCAGAUGUGAAUUCCCGCUCAGCUCGAGUCCUCUUCCUCCUUGUGGUCCCUGGACACCUGGUAUUCCUCUACACCAUCAGCUGUAUGCAGGGUGGGCACACCACCCUCACACUCAUCUUCAUCAUCUUCUACAUGACAGCUGCACUGCUCCAGGUGCUGAUCCUCCUGUACAUCGCAGACUGGAUGGUGCAUUGGAUGUGGGGCCGGGGCCUGGACCCAGACAACUUCUCCAUCCCGUACUUGACUGCCCUGGGGGAUCUGCUGGGCACUGGGCUCCUGGCACUCAGCUUCCAUGUCCUCUGGCUCAUUGGGGACCGAGACACGGAUGUUGGGGACUAGCGUGGCCAGUCAACCCUUUCCCCACCCCUCUGCACUUUCUUUUCGGAAUUUUGUCUUUUGUUCCUUUACCCCUUCCUCACCCCACACUCCACACUUUCUAGAACUCCACUUUGAUACCACAUUCUCAUUAUUUUCAAUGGGAAUUUUUAUACAUUGAGCCAAGUUUGGAUAGCAAGAAUUCAGGAAGAAGAGAUGGGCUGAGAUAAGCAGAA